AUGGAUGACGAGUCGCAGAGUGAGUAAGAGCUUGCGUCACGCCUAACUAUUCGGCCGCUGUGUCGGUAAUCAGUCGAAUCUAUAUCAGUUCCUACCUUUAAAGCCUCUCCAUCACAUGCGGAAAUUCGAGCUGGCCGCUCGACUUAUUUUGUUUUAUCGAUGAGUUCCCUGCUCUAGUUGCUGAGCAAACAAGUCGAUUCCCCAGUCCAACCCGUCGUUUUUCCUUUCUUCUCGUUUCUUUUUUGAUGGUUUAUUUACGAUUCCGACUGUUGCAACCAAUAUUUUACUUUUUCUAUUUUUUUUUCAUACAAAAAGAAAAGAAAAACUCUCACGAUUUCUUCUGUUUUUCCGCUCCGAUUGUUUCCAUGAGCAAUUAAAAAAAAAGAAAAAUAUUUUAUUUCCGCGAAAUGCAAAAUGAUCUCUGACUCUCCAAAAUUUAGUGAUAUUUUCCUUUCUCUAACGAGUAUUUCGCAUUUCGUGGAAAUUACUUUGAACACGGCAUCAUUAUUUUUGAUAAGUUUUCGAUAAAUUGUGAAAUAAUUUAUCUUCGAAAUUUCUAUAACCAUGUACCGCUUGGCAAGAAAAAAACUACAAAGACGACUAAAUUUGUGAAAAUUUCAAGGCCACUCCACUAUUAGGAUUUUUUUAAAAUAUUUGAGAGUGAAGCUGAAAUUUUCAACCGGAAAAAGGUUCAUGGAGCGCUCACUGAUGAAAAUUUAAUGAAUCUGUUAUAAUAUUAUCUUCAUUUUAUACAAGAAAAAACUUAUUGAAGUCUUCUUGGACCUACGAUUUAUAUUUUGAUACUACAGUACGCCUGAAAGUUUCGAAUCCUUUUUUUAUAUUUUUUCAUAUUCGCAUUUUCCUUAAAGAUGGCAGGUUUCAGAAAUGUCGUCGGCAUACGACAUGCCCACGUCGUCGUCGGAAGACGAGAAUCCGAACAACAAAUAUUCGAUUCACUUCAGGUUUUCUUUUCAAAUGAGCUCGUGCUAUCACAAACGAACUUUCAGCGAGAGGUCGAUCCGACAAGCCUUCAUCCGAAAAGUGUUCACGCUUGUCACGAUUAUGGUGCUUAUUUUCCUUCGAAAAAGUUCCUCAUCAUGAAUUUCAGCUUCUGGUGGUCACUGCGUUCUGCAUAAUUCCAAUGGUUUCUCAGAGUUUCCGUGAAUGGGUUCAAGGCGCUAUUUGGCUCUAUAUUGUCUCGAUGUAAGUUUUGUAGAGAUUCGUUCAAAAAAUGAUUCUCCGAAGCAGAAAAAAAUCAGCAAAAAAACUGUCGGUGUAUAAAAACUUGAGGAUCAAAUUUUCAGUUAAAAAAUCAACUUGAGGUAUGAUUUUUAAAAAUUAAACUUUUUGAAAUUGAUUUUUGGAAAGAAAUACUGAAAUAGAUUCCCGAAUAAUCUUUAAUAUCAGAACAUAAAUACUCAGUUAAGAAGAAUUUAUUGAACCCAUAAUUCGCAUGAUAGAGUUGUUGAUAAUCCUGUAAAGUGAAAAAAACGUUCGAACCCCCCAGAGUUUUUUUGUAUUUUCAUUCAUUAUUAUAUUACAGAAUAGUUUUCCUGUCGUUUUCCAUCGCGUUGACAUGUUUUCCGGCACUGCGGCGAUCCUUUCCCACCAACAUCAUAUUGCUUUCCAUAUUUGUGAGUAUUUUGAGAAGAACUCAUUUAGAACAAAAGAUUUAAGACUUUAUCUGCGGCGGCGAUGACCAUGUUCAUAACGGCGUACUACAACGUGCAGUCUGUGCUCAUCUGUCUGUGCAUCACUAGCGUCUGCUCCGGAGGCAUCAUCGUCUUCUCCAUCAACACCAAACACGACCUCACCAGGUAAGAGCUUCUCUUAGACUGAACCUUCUUUUUCUCUUUUAGCAAAAUUGGCAUCAUCUUCAUUCUCUCGCUUAUUGUUAUUUCAUUCGGACUGUUCACCCUCAUCUUCACACUUUUUGUCCAGUGGUACUGGCUCAACUCUGUAUAUGCAGGACUAGCCGCAUUCCUUAUGAUGAUUUACCUGGCACUCGACAUCCAGGUAAGAAUACGGAAAAAGUUCAAAUUCAUGAAACUAUCUUUUUUAGAUGUUGAUGGGAGGUCGAAAACUGGAGUUGUCCCCGGAAGAGCACGUCUUCGCCGCAAUGCAAAUCUUCCUAGACAUUCUCAACAUCUUCCUACUUCUUCUGCAAAUUUUUGGAAAACGAUAG